AUGUCAACCGCCGUGCGAACUUUGUUCAACUCAAAGGAUGGCUCGGCAUUAGAGAAAGGCAAAGAGUUGUACGGUUGCAGGGCAGCCUAUGACAUUGAACUGCCUGCUUUCUCCAAAAUUCAAGAAUCACUCCACAUAUACUUCGAGAACGUGGGUAGGCACUAUCCUGCAAUCCAACGUGAGAACACCAGGUCUCGCGUACAUGAGACUAUUGAAGGUUUGACUUAUGCCUCAUGCGGAGGAAUAUAUAUUGACUAUGUUGCCGCACCAACCGUUGCGUUGCUGUGCAUCAUCAUCGCUAUCGCUGAGAUGAUUGAGAACAAUACCUUGUCCUUUGACACCCGAGCUACGCAUUUUGCAAAACAUGCUCGCAGCUUGCUACAGACCUUUGAAGAUCGGCCUGCAAACCUGGAAGUCCUUCGGUGUCAUACCCUGAUUACCAUAUAUCUUCUGCACAUGGAGUGUCUGGAUCUUGCCCUGCAGUCUAUUGCUGUCACAGUUCGACUAGCAAUGGCUCUUCAACUUCAUCGGCGAUCGUCGUCUCCUAAAGAAGGAGGCGACUCUUACGAUCAAUAUCUGUGGUGGACAAUCUACGUUCUGGAUCGUGACCUUGCGUGCCUUGGUGGGAUACCUUAUCUCAUCAGAGACGAGGAAAUCGACGCACCGAGACCAGCCCGGGAUGGUCAAUUUAAACGGUUCUCUAGUGUGACAUACAUAAAUUGCUCAAACGAAGUUAUUGAGCGAAGUGGAUGGAUGGAAGAAAGCGUUCACCAGGAAGACAUGUACCUGGAAACUUUAGCGCAUCUAGGGCGUCUUUGGGCUCGUAUCUGGGACGACCUAGCUACUGAUAGCUCUGAACUCGAUUGCCAGUGGCAAGCGAUGGAAACGCUGGAUGCCCAGUUUCGAAUUCUUCGGCAGCAGCUCCCGGCUGAACUCGUCUGGAUGAGCCCAUCAGGCCUCAGUAUAAAUGUAGAGAGAGCUCAUGAGAUUGCAAUGGAGAGACAGCUUAUCAUUUUGAUGCGUAUCAAUACCCUCCGCCUAUUUAUGAGACGAAAUCCAGCUUCGAAAUGCACUUGUCUAGACAGAAAGUCUCCAUAUGAUGACGGCACAGCCAUCUCAGCGCAAACCAUCAAAGCCAUAGUGGAUUUCAGCACACAUAACCAAGGCCUAUCUCCGAUCGGACACUUCAUCAGUACCACCCUCGUCCAAUGCAUCCUAUACUUGAUAAAAACCAUCGGCGAGUCGAGCAACACAAGUGAAACAGAAUCAGCCUCCACUUCUGUGGUGUCGGCUUAUCAGGCUUUGGUCGAUUUAUCUAAAGGUUGUGUAUCUGCAAGAAGUGCAGUUAAGACACUUGAUGAGGCACUCUUCCGCCACGACGGCCCGGCUCGGCCUCAAAACGCGACGAUACCACAGCCAUAUGUUGAGAAUAGUCGCCAUCCGGGUGAAGCGGAAGGCGCCCUUGCAAAACGACCGCAUCGGAGAAGAAAGAAAAGUGAGACUCCGGCUUCUCCCGAAGAAAGCCACCGCGGAAACGACCUCUUCGAGUGUCUACAGAAGAGUUACGAGAGCCUGGACAGCUUGCUGCCGAGCACAAUGCCUACUAUAUAA